UGCUUCCCCUGGGUUCCACUUUGAACCCUCCAUUUUCUUUUCAAAACCUUCUUUUCUGAGGGAAGUGCUCUGUUGCUAAAAAGGAAGACAUUUUCUUUCCAAAACUGACAUCAGGAUGCUCACAGAUCUCAUCCUGGUGCUCAUCGUCCUGGGCGUCAACCCCUCAGCCACUGCGGGAUUUGGUUCCAUAGCCGAAAAUGAAGAUGCUCUCCUCAGGCACUUAUUCCAAGGUUAUCAAAAAUGGGUCCGUCCUGUGUUGAAUUCUAAUGACACCAUAAAAGUAUAUUUUGGAUUGAAAAUAUCCCAGCUCGUAGAUGUGGAUGAAAAGAAUCAGCUGAUGACGACCAAUGUGUGGCUCAAACAGGAAUGGACAGACCACAAAUUACGCUGGAAUCCUGAUGAAUAUGGUGGAAUUCAUUCAAUUAAAGUUCCAUCCGAAUCUCUCUGGCUUCCUGACAUAGUUCUCUUUGAAAACGCAGAUGGACGUUUCGAAGGCUCCCUUAUGACCAAGGUCAUAGUGAAAUCCAAUGGCACCGUCAUCUGGACCCCUCCUGCUAGUUAUAAAAGCUCCUGCACCAUGGAUGUCACAUUUUUCCCGUUUGACCGACAGAACUGCUCCAUGAAGUUCGGAUCCUGGACUUAUGACGGUACCAUGGUUGACCUCAUCUUGAUCAAUGAAAACGUCGACAGAAAAGACUUCUUUGAUAAUGGAGAAUGGGAAAUACUCAACGCAAAGGGGAUAAAGGGAAACAGGAGAGACGGCUUAUACUCAUAUCCGUUUAUCACAUAUUCUUUCGUUCUGAGACGCCUGCCUUUGUUUUACACUCUCUUUCUGAUCAUCCCCUGCCUAGGGCUGUCUUUUCUGACAGUUCUUGUGUUCUACUUGCCUUCUGAUGAGGGAGAAAAACUCUCAUUAUCAACGUCUGUCCUGGUCUCUUUGACAGUUUUCCUUUUGGUGAUUGAAGAGAUCAUCCCAUCUUCUUCAAAAGUCAUUCCUCUCAUUGGAGAGUACCUCCUGUUCAUCAUGAUUUUCGUGACCCUGUCCAUUAUUGUUACGGUUUUUGUCAUUAACGUCCACCAUAGGUCUUCCUCUACUUACCAUCCCAUGGCCCCCUGGGUGAAGAGGCUCUUUCUGCAAAAACUUCCAAAAUUGCUUUGCAUGAAGGACCACGUGGAGCGCUACCCUUUCCUAGAUCAAGAGGAGAGUCCACCAGUAGCGAAAGGUAAAGUCCUAGAAAAAAAGAAACAGAAACACUUCAGCGAUGGAGAGAAGGUUCUGAUUGCUUUCUUGGAAAAGGCUGCUGAUUCCAUUAGAUACAUCUCAAGGCAAGUGAAGAAAGAGCAUUUUAUCAGCCAGGUGGUACAAGACUGGAAAUUUGUAGCUCAAGUUCUUGACCGAAUCUUCCUGUGGCUCUUUCUGUUCGUGUCAGUUACAGGCUCAGUUCUCAUUUUUACGCCUGCUUUGAAGAUGUGGCUACACAGUUACCAUUAGAAACAAGUCUCCAGAGCAAUUUAAAAAACAUACUAUAGAGACAAAAAUCACACAACUUGGAACUUGCCACUACCAACUGGUAGCAUGUGUAUAGAAUCCAAAUGCACUGGCUUGUUCUA